UGUGCCCGUGCAGCUCGCGCCGCGGUCCCCUUAUUUGGAUCUGCGGGAAUGUGGGCUGGAGCUGUCCUGCCGCGGUACCAGCCUCCAGCCUGUCGCCGAGACUGCCCCUGACCCAGGCGCGCCUGCUGCUCGGUGGCAGGAGGGCCGGCGGAGCGCCAUGGCCUGCAUCCUGAAGAGAAAGUCUGUGAUUGCAGUGAGCUUCAUAGCCGCGUUCCUCUUCCUGCUGGUUGUGCGCCUUGUAAAUGAAGUGAAUUUCCCAUUGCUACUAAACUGCUUUGGACAACCUGGUACAAAAUGGAUACCGUUCUCCUACACAUACAGGCGGCCCCUUCGAACUCACUAUGGAUACAUAAAUGUGAGGACGCAAGAGCCCUUGCAACUGGACUGUGACCUCUGUGCCAUAGUGUCAAACUCGGGUCAGAUGGUUGGCCAGAAGGUGGGGAAUGAAAUAGACCAAUGCUCCUGCAUUUGGAGAAUGAACAAUGCCCCCACCAGGGGCUAUGAAGAAGAUGUUGGCCACAUGACAACAAUUCGAGUCGUGUCCCAUACCAGCGUUCCGCUUUUGCUAAAAAACCCUGAUUAUUUUUUCAAGGAGGCAAACACUACUAUUUAUGUUAUUUGGGGCCCUUUCCGCAAUAUGAGGAAAGAUGGCAACGGCAUUGUUUACAACAUGUUGAAAAAGACUGUUGACGUCUAUCCAAAUGCCCAAAUUUACGUGACCACAGAGAAGCGCAUGAGUCACUGUGAUGGAGUUUUUAAGAAGGAAACUGGGAAAGACAGAGUCCAGUCUGGCUCUUAUCUCAGCACAGGAUGGUUUACCUUCAUUCUGGCCAUGGAUGCCUGUUAUAGCAUUCACGUCUACGGCAUGAUAAAUGACACCUACUGCAGGACAGAAGGAUAUAGAAAAGUCCCCUAUCAUUACUAUGAACAAGGAAGAGAUGAAUGUGAUGAAUAUUUUCUUCAUGAACAUGCCCCAUAUGGGGGGCAUAGGUUUAUCACUGAGAAGAAAGUGUUUGCUAAAUGGGCCAAGAAACACAGGAUAAUAUUUACACACCCAAACUGGACAGUGUCUUGAUGUUGGUUUUUCUGAUCUUGCCAUACCGCUUGACAUGAUCAUGAUGCUGCAACUGUGAUGCUAAUGAUGCUAAUCAUGAUGAUGGUGAUGAUAAAGACAACAAUGAUGAUCAAGUUUCUAUACAUUCUCAGAUAUGGAUGGUGACUCUGCCAGUAAUUUGAACUUUGGAUUCUGUGUAGGGUGGUUGUGCUCAUUAUGUUCUUUCUGAAGGUUCACCGUUACAUACUGCACUUUAUAAUUUAACUGGAAUUGAAAUGAAGGCCAGUAAAUGACAGCAAUGACCUAAGAAAUGGGAAGAUUAUCCUUCAAGAUAGCUGCCCAGAAUUCUUGACAGUGAGUGACUUCCAAAUGCCAUGGGAUUUGGCCUCGUGAGGCAAAGUUAUUGACUCUGUGGUUUCUUGAACCUGAGCAGCUCCACUGUUGGACACUGACCCAAGAAAUGCUCAGGGUACAAGUAUCUUACCACAGUUACUAGUUAGCUUGAGGGCAGGGAAGAAUCUCUUCCUGACAUACCAUCUUCCUACAGUACCUCCUACAGCUAAAGCCUCAGGUCAUUUCCUAAUUAACAGUGAUGAUAUUAUGGACAUCAUACCCAUCAGGAUUACUUGACUAUCUCAAACGCUUAAUUCACAAUAGGCCAACUAACAAAGCUUGACGAAUUUCCACUCUCACCAAUCCAUUCUCACUGCCCCAAACAAUAUAACUAAACAUGUUACUAGAAUGAGCUAUAUUAAUGUUUAGUUAUUUUUGGUUGAGUCCUAAGUAUUUCAGAAAGCUAUUUAACACGUAAGAUACCAACACUGUAAUAACAUAUACUGUGAAAACAUUCAUGAAACAUAACCAAAAGGAUUUCUAACUCUGCUUCAACAUCCAACAACAUAAAAUUGUAUGCUUUUUAAAAUCAUGAAACAAGGAAAGCAAAGCAUAUUUUUACAUCAAUUUGUAUCCUACCAUUCUUCUUAAUAUAUAUUUGUAUAUUCAGAUGUCUAUUUUAUAGGCCCAAGAUGUGUCUCUCCAUACAUUAUAUUAUCAUUGCUAAGUGCCAACUGUUAGACAUGGAAAGGAAAUGAUUCCUUGUAUUAAAUCUGACCAGAGUUUUUUGCCUUCUUAGG